AUGUGGAAGAGCGCCGCCGCCGCCGCCGCCACAGGGACCAAGACCAGCGCCUUAAGCAAGUCGCAUGGGGCCUCUCGCACCGCGCGCGGACACGAGGAGCGCAGGCCACGAUGCGCACUACACAAGAAUGGGAGGAGGGCCGGCGCAGGACACGAUGCGGCGGCGAUCGGAGAGACAAAGAGCGUCGACGCCGCCCGCUGCUUCGUUGUGGGGGACAACGCCAGCGGCAACAUCACGCACCACUUGGCCCGCCGCUACGCACGGGAUCCUUCCACCUUCGCCAACGUCAGCCUCGCCGACCUCAUCGCCAUCCAGCCCAUCUACGCCAGCGAGGAGCGCACUCCCGCUGAGCUGCGGCUCGUCGGCGCGCCCCCGAUGACCAAAACGCCCCUAAGCUCCUGCCCCUGGCAUUUGGCCGGCGGGAAAGGGGAGGAAGGACCAUUGGCCGGCGGAGAAGGGGAGGAAGGAGAACUGGCCGACGGAGAAGGGGAGGAACAAGUGCCUGCGUGCCGUGAUCUUGAGCCAUACAUCCAUAGGAUUGCUGAUGGUGAUAGCUCCCCACUCCUCACUGGGAAGCCCGUCACCUCCCUUUCCCUCAGUUCCGGCACAACACAGGGAAAGCCCAAGUUCUUGCCAUUUACUGAUGAAUUGCUUGAGACCACACUUCAAAUAUUCCAGACUUCAUAUGCAUUUAGGAACUGUGAGUAUCCAAUAGGAAGAGGAAAAGCCUUGCAGUUUAUCUAUGGUAGCAAGCAAGUGGUAACAAAAGGUGGCAUCCUUGCUACAACUGCAACAACAAACUUGUACCGGAGGGCACGUUACAAGGAAGGGAUGAAGGAUAUUCAGUCUCAGUGCUGCAGUCCAGAUGAAGUUGUUUUUGGCCCUGACUUCAAUCAGUCCUUAUAUUGUCACUUGCUCUGUGGGCUAAUAUACUCUGACGAGGUCCAUCAGGUGUUCUCACCAUUCGCUCACAGCUUAGUCCAUGCAUUUCAAACAUUUGAGGAGGUUUGGGAAGAUCUAUGUGCUGACAUAAGAGGUGGUGUCCUCUCAGAGAAAGUUACAGUGCCAUCUAUUCGUGAAGCUGUUACAAAAAUCCUGAAGCCCAACCCUGAGCUUGCUGACUUGAUCUAUAAGAAGUGCACGGGCUUGAGCAACUGGUAUGAUGUAAUCCCAGCGCUCUGGCCAAAUGCAAAGUAUGUCUAUGGUAUUAUGACAGGUUCCAUGGAGCCAUACCUAAAAAAAUUGAGGCACUAUGCUGGGCACUUGCCUCUGAUAAGCGCAGAUUACGGUGCAUCUGAAGGAUGGGUUGGUGCUAAUAUAAACCCCACACUACCACCUGAACAGGUGACAUACGCUGUUCUCCCCCAGACUGGUUAUUUUGAGUUCAUUCGUUUGGAGAAACCAGAAGGGGAGGAGGCGGAGAAUAGUGCCUCCAUUCAUUACAUAGAAUCAGAACCAGUUGGCCUGACUGAAGUUGAGGUCGGCAAAAUCUAUGAAGUUGUGAUAACUACCUUUGGAGGUCUAUAUCGUUACCGGCUAGGAGAUAUUGUGAAGGUAGCGGGCUUCCACAACUCAACACCAGAGCUCCGGUUCAUCUGCCGCAGAAGCCUAGUUCUGAGCAUCAACAUCGACAAGAACACCGAGAAAGACCUCCAGCUUGCUGUUGAGGAGGCAGCAAAGCUCUUGGAUGCAGAGAAGCUGGAAAUUGUGGAUUUCACUAGCUUUGUGGAGAAGUCAAGUGACCCCGGUCGCUAUGUCAUCUUCUGGGAGCUGAGCUCCGAUGCAAGGGAGGAUGUCUUACGAAGCUGUGCAAAUUGCUUGGACCUAGCCUUUGUUGAUGCAGGAUAUACGGGUUCAAGGAAGAUCAGAGCCAUUGGCCCACUUGAGCUACGGAUUCUGAAAAAGGGAACCUUCAAGGAGAUCCUAGAUCACUUCCUGAGCCUUGGUGGCGCCGUGAGUCAGUUCAAGGCACCUCGAUUUGUCAGCCCAUUGAACGUCAAGGUUCUGCAGAUAUUAAGUAGGAACACCACCAGAAGUUACUUCAGUACUGCCUAUGGGCUCUGA